AUGAUUACUUGUAGCGAGACACAGGGUUGGGUGCAGCCAAGGAUAAACGAGGGGGCAGUCGUUGCAGGAGCAAUCGCAACGGCUAGCCUUUGUAUGCAAUAUGGGUCGAGAAUCAUUGAGUCAAAACAGUCUAUACGGCCGUAUAAAAAACCUUUCUUUUAUAACCCACCUGCAGCCUCUAGAUCCUUGUCGUUGACGUUUCCUCAGUAUCAUGAUCGUCGUGUCCUUUCCAUGUGUGCCCGACAACCUGUUAAAGAAGGAUUUGGUAAGGGUACUGGUUUUAGUGGGAGCAUGAUGAAUGCAUUGUCGUUUUGGGAUGACGCCGCAGAUCAAACAGAUGCAAAGUGUCAACGUGAGACUAAACACGACAAGAUGAAUAGAACUUAUAAUAAGGAGCAUUAUGCCUGUAGAAGGGGGAUAUUAUAUGCGGUUUUAGUUGGAAGCGUAGCCGUAGGGAUGGUCGCUUUUUCAGAUACUCUUACUGGAGUAGUCCCAUAUGACAAGUCUCGGCUUAUUAUGAUGCUUCAAGAUAUUGGGGUCACUUGUGGCUCAUACUGUCAAGUUUGCUAUCGAAAAAUGUUGAAAAUUUCGUAUGACAUUAGUCCAUUAGCCUCGCAACUAAUUAACGGUUUUCUAUUUUAUCUCUAUUAUUCCCAGACUAACUUUGGGAGAAUGACAAAAAGAAAACCAGAGAGUACGAAACAGUGUGUAACGUUUGAUAAUGUGGAGGGUGUAGAUUCUGCAAAAGCCGAACUUGUUGAGAUUGUAAAGUGCAUUAAUGGAGAUGGCAAGUACAAGAAACUUGGGGCGAAAGUACCGAAAGGGGUUUUGCUUGCUGGUCCCCCAGGAACAGGGAAAACAUUGCUGGCCCGUGCUGUGGCAGGGGAAGCUGGAGUGCCGUUUUUUUCAUUAUCUGGGAGUGAAUUGGUAGAGGUAUUUUCUGGUGUAGGAGCCGCUCGUAUUAGAGAUAUUUUUCAACAGGCAAGAAAAAAAUCACCAUCCAUUGUAUUCAUUGAUGAGAUUGAUGCUAUGGGUGGGAAACGUGGAAAAAGUUUGAACUCCGAGCGUGACCAGACGUUGAACCAGCUUUUGAGUGAGAUGGAUGGGUUUGAGAAAAAUGACAAUACUAUGGUACUGGUUAUAGCUGCUACUAAUAGGCCCGAGUCACUGGAUUCGGCUUUGAUAAGGCCAGGGGAAGCUGGAGUGCCGUUUUUUUCCUUAUCUGGGAGUGAAUUGGUAGAGGUUUUUGUUGGUGUAGGAGCUGCUCGCAUUAGAGAUAUUUUUCAAGAGGCAAGAAAAAGUUUGGACUGCAAGAGUGACCAAACUUUGAACCAGCUUCUGACUGAGAUGGAUGGUUUUGAGAAAGAUGACGGUACUGUGGUGGUUAUAGCAGCUACUAAUAGGCCCGAGUCACUGGAUUCCGCUUUGAUGAGACCAGGUCGGUUAUCCAGAAAAGUUUAUGUGGGUGCACCAGAUGAAGAUGGUAGGCGAAAGAUAUUUGCUUUAUACUUGAGAAACGUCCUCAUGAAUGAAAACAAAGAAGCCGUUGCCAACCUUGUUGCUUCACGAACACCAGGAUUAACCGGGGCAGGUCUUGAAGAGAUAGCUAAUGAAUCUGUACGACUUGCUGUUCGCAGAGAUGGUGAUUUUGUCACAAGUGAUGAUGUUCUUCAAGCUAUUGACAAGUUCAAGGCCGAAAAUGAUAUCUGUCAAUGA